AUGCACUGCGAGUUCCGAGACUUAGACGAUGCCCUGAUGGAUCGAAUCGUCUGCGGGGUCCGGGACAUCCAUCUGCAACGGCGUCUCCUCGCCAAGCCAGACCUCACGCUACAGAAAGCCAUUGAGGAGGCUGUGGCAGAAGCUGCUGAACGCUCCGCCCAGGAGAUCCGCAAGUCCAGCAGCCCACGUCUUGCUAGGAAGCCAGUUCCAGUGCAUCACGAAGAGGCCAGCAGUGAUGAGGCAUCCUCCAGUGAAGAUGAUGACGUGCACCAGACAAAGCGGGAGUGCAGGAAGUUCCAACAGAAGUCCAAGGACCAACCGGAAUGUGCCGGCUGCGGAGGCAACCAUUCCCAUGCCAAGUGUCAAUUCAGAGACGUCAUCUGUAGGAAGUGUUCCAGAAGGGGCCACAUCGCUAAGGUCUGCCAAUCAGCUCCGUCUGACACCCCCCCUCCACCAACUCGCAAGUCCAAGUCUUCACUCCAGUCUGCCAAAGAAAGCUGUUUCGCUCUCACCAACUGCCGCUGCCCGUCUGGAACCACGAUUGGCCAAACCGACUCGCCUACGUGACGCAAGCUGAAUGUCACGGUGCUCAUUGAAGGAGCUCCAUGUGACAUGGAGAUCGACACCGGGUCUGCCCUGUCCAUCGUGUCUUGGAGCACCAUCAAAAGACUGGUACCCAGAGUGUCCAAAAGGCAACUCGACUCUCACCGCGUACACCUGAGAGACUACCAGGGAAAUGACAUUCCCAUGGUAGGCGUUAGCCAGUUCCGGAUCGCCUUCAAGGAUUUUUCGGGCCUGCUCCGGUUGGUGGUGGUCGAAGGUCAGCGGCCAAGCCUCCUAGGGCUAGACUGGUUUGAUGCCCUCAGCCUGGAAGUCACCGGCAUCAACUGCAUCUCUAACGCAGAGACUGAGGGUCUGGUCAAAGACUUUGCCGAGGUUUUUGACGGCACUUUGGGGCAAUAUACAGGUACGGCCAUCUCCUUUAGCCUUGAUCCACAAGUCGCCCCCAUCAAGCUAAAGCCACGCCGGGUUCCCUUUGCUCUCAAGGCUAAGGUGGACGAACAACUGGACAAGCUGAUCGCCCAAGGAGUUUUGGAGCCGGUUGACCACGCCAAGUGGGAAACCCCCAUCGUCACGCCUGUCAAGCCAGACGGGUCAGUGAGAAUCUGCGCUGACUACAAGUGCAUGAUCAACAAGGCACUUCAGCAGCACGCUUAUCCGGUUCCUGUUGUCCAACACCUGCUGCAUUCCCUGGGUGAGGGUAAGGUCUUCGCUAAGCUGGACCUUGCCCAAGCCUAUCAACAACUGCCCGUCGAUGAUGCCACUGCUGAAGCCCAGACGAUCGUCACCCACAGAGGGGCAUUCCAUUGCUGCCGGUUGCAGUUCGGGGUGAUUGUGGCUCCUGGCAUCUUCCAAAGCCUUAUGGAGCGUCUCCUGCAAGGGCUUCCGGGCAUGGUACCUGUCAGGGGUUCAGGGACAGAGGCACAGGGUAGGCAGGAGAUGGAGAGCGAUGGGGAUGAAUCCCAGGACAGCGAGGAAGAGGAUGACAAUGACUCAAGAGAUUCCAUGAGUCUUUCCAGCGAAUCAGAGGAUUCCCAGAAGGGGGCGCCGGUGGUCAAGGCCAGGGAGCCCCAGGGGGACGUGUCAGGAACAGGGGGCCAGCGGGGAUCCCAAAGUGGCAGCUGGGCGUCAGGACCAGCCUCCCGCCAGAGUGCAGCGAAGGGGUGGAGGUUCCAGUGUAUCAGGGGAAGCAGCUCCGGCAGCAGAGAAGGGAGGGAGGUCGGAGCAAGCCACCCUCCCGGAAGGGGAGGGGAGUAGUGAAGGGAGUAGUGUAACUGUCAAAAGGAAGGUUAGAGGUUGGGCGCGCGCGCCAAGUUCAAAUGUAGAGGCGCGCGGAAGUACAGGGAGCCCGGAGGAAGAGCCAGGUCCCAAAGCCCGCAGGAGGGGGGAAGAGCAGUCUGGGGAUUCCGCGUCAGGGGAAUCCAGGAGGGGCGAAACCCCAGCGGGCAGGAAGACCCUGCGGAAAAGGAAAGAGAGGAAGAGGUGGAGCAGCGCAAGCCUCUUAAACUGGUGCAGGGGAGGGACUGACUCAGAGGGGACUUCUACGGUCUAAGCGUAACAGACGUGGGGCUCCGCGCCUCGGAUGUGAAGCAAACAAUGAACUGCAAUAAACACUUUUGUAUAUAAGAAGAGAUUGGCGUUGGUCUUUUGUGAGCUGAGACCUGAGGCAGCCCUGACGGUACCAUAUUCUGAUGACGUCUUGGUGUCCGCAGACUCACACCAGCAGCUGUUUGAGCGCCUCCGUGCCGUGCUGACCAGGUUCCAAGAGGCCGGGCUCAGGGUAAAGAGGGAGAAGUGCCAGAUCGCCAUUCCACAGGUAGAGUUCCUGGGCUAUCUUAUCGACGCCUCCGGCCUUCACCCGACCACAUCCAAGAUCCGCGCUAUCCAGCAGGCCCCCAUCCCAAAGAACAAGACGGAGUUGCAGGUGUUCCUGGGGCUGCUGAACUUUUAUAACAUGUUCCUGCCCCACAAAGCCACGGUGGCUGAGCCUCUUCACCGACUCCUCAGCACAAAGAUGCCUUGGUCCUGGGGUCAUCGGGAGACGGCGGCCUUCAACGCGGUCAAGGCUCUCCUUUCAUCAGACCGUGUGCUGGUACAGUACAGUGAAUCCAGGACGCUGGUCCUUGCCUGCAACGCCUCACCUUUUGGCAUCGGCGUUGUCCUUAGUCACCGUUUUCCAGACGGAAGAGAAGCACCACUCGCCUACUUUUCCAGGACGCUAUCUCCGACGGAACGGAAUUACAGCCAGCUCAACAAGGAGGCACUGGCACUUGUGGCUGGAGUGAAGAGGUUCCAUGAAUACCUCUAUGGCAGGACUUUUGACCUCAUCACUGACCACAAGCCGCUCCUGGGCCUCUUCGCCGGUGAUCGUCCAACUCCACCGGUCCUCUCGCCACGCAUGCUGCGAUGGACUGUUUUCCUGGCUGCCUACCACUACUGGCUCGUCCAUCGCCCGAGGAAAUCGAUGGGCCAUGCCAACGCCCUCAGCCGUUGCCCUCUUCCACCGUUUGUGGAAGACCCGGCUCCAGCUUCAUCGCUCCUCCUGAUUGAGGAUCUUCCAGCAGCGCCUGUAUCGGCUGCCACUGUGGCCUCUGCAUCUGCCCAGGAUCGCACCAUCAGCCGUGUGCUCAACUGGGUGUGGAGGGGGUGGCCACAAGGGCCUUUUGCAUCGGAGUUCCAGCCCUUCGCAACCAGACAACAUGAACUCUCGGCUCAUCAUGGCUGUCUGCUGUGGGGAGGCUACGUCAUGAUUCCCCAAAGACUCCGUCAAUGCGUCCUGGAGGCUCUGCACGUUGGCCACCCGGGAAUUGUCAAAAUGAAGGCGUUGGCUCGGUGUUACGUCUGGUGGCCUAACAUAGACGAUGCCAUCACUGCCUGGGUGUCCGCAAGUCAAGCGUGCCAAGAAUCGAGGCCUGCACCACCGGCAGCUAAGGGACACACCUGGGAGACGCCAAAGACACCCUGGUCGAGGGUGCACAUCGAUCCGGCUGGCCCCUUUCACGGCCGGACCUUUAUGGUAGUGGUGGACGCCUAUUCCAAAUGGCUGGAGGUGGCCCUGAUGCCCUCCACCACUACAGAGGCCGUCAUCCGGGUGCUGCGAGGCCUGUUUGCGACGCAUGGGUGUCCUGAUGUCCUUGUCUCCGACAACGGACCGCAGUUCACGUCAGGCACUUUUGAGCGGUAUCUUUUGGGACUGGGCAUCCGCCAUGCCCUAACGGCACCCUUUCAUCCAUCCAGCAACCGGCAAGCGGAGAGAAUGGUGCGCUCGGCAAAAGAGGCACUGGCGCGCCUGGACCGGGGAGACUGGCACAAGCGGGUCGCCGAAUACUUGUUCGUGCAACACAUCACCCCUCAUGCAACCACAGGGCGGAGUCCUGCUGAACUGCUUAUGGGCCACCGCCUCAGGUCACUGCUCGACCGGCUGCACCCGGACUUUGCCGUGGCCGAACCCCCAGGCUGUGCCAACGUGCCACGGUCAUUUGUUCCAGGAAACCAGGUCUUUGCCCGGAACUAUGUGGGGGACAUUCCUUGGGUGCCAGCCACAGUAGUGGGAGUCACUGGACCUCGCUCGUACCAGGUGGCACUCAAAGACGGACGCUUGUGGCGCCGGCACAUAGACCAGCUUAGGCGCAGGGUUGGGGACUUGGACACUACCGUGGUGCCCCCAACUGCGCUUGUGGCUCCAGAAGAGACACUUACAGAUGGCGAGGCUAAACCUACACCUCCCUCGCAAACUGCCAGCGUGGAGCCGAACCAUGCCGCUUCAGAGGGUCUGCCAGACUUACCACAGACUCAGACCACUCCACUUGCGGAGGCUCCACCCACAGCAGUGGAUCCAGGGGAUUUGGUUUCAAUGCCACCUAGGGUUGCACCACAGCCUCAGCAAGAAUUGGGUGGCCCCCCGGACUUGGCUACCAGUCCCUGGCGGUCUGGCAGAUUUUCCAAGCGCCCAACUUAUUUAAAGGACUAUGUUGUUGGACAUGUAUCACUGUUGGUCUAAGUAUGGGAAAUGUAACCGAUAUGCUUUUGUGCCUAACUGAACCAUUACGUGUAGUGCUGUAUAUAAGGAAACCAUUACGAUUGUAACUAACGCCUUAUCUCGGUGGGGAGGGGUGUUAUGUACUGAAGUUCUCACCCUGGGCCAGCAGGGGAUACUGUAGAUAGUUUUCACUCAGGUCCUCGUCAGUUCAUUUAGGCUGGAAACCCUGGGUUGUUGUUGCUACAAUGUUGACAGCCGGCUGCUUAUAAAAGCAGGCCGGCUGAGCUGUUUGCUGUUCAGUUCUGUUCCAGCUUACAAAAUAAAGAGCUGCUUUGGAGAAAUCACUGUGUCGUCUGCCAUGUCUACCCACUAUUUAACAGGCUUAGUCAUGCUGGCCACAUGACCCAGAAGCUGUACGCCAGCUCCCUCGGCCAUUAAAGCGAGAUGAGUGCCGCAACCCCAGAGUCGGUCACGACUAGACCUAAUGGUCAGGGGUCCUUAGAAUCCUUUAGUCUUUUCUUCCCUAUAUUGGGGGGGGGCAUGAAGUGGUGACUCACCCCCCCCCACGGUGGAGAUUCCAGGAUCCCCUCUUAAAGGGGUGUUAUACCAUACACUGAAAGGUUGUCAGUGAACUACCCUGCAUGUGGGGUUCAUGGGCUGGGCUGCCUGCUACACUUAUGUCUCACAGAGCACCCCCAUAUCCCAUUUACCCUGACGUGCCCCAGUUCCCCCGGCUGUGGGGCUUGGAGGGAUACACACCCAAGGCCUAAGCCAAGAUCUUCCUACAUUUGGAAGUUUAAUAAAGUUGUGGCCUAAUUUUAAUUCCAUAACACGUUGUCAGAGCCUUUAUUCCUUUCUUAUGAUCCCUGGGGGCUGGGGCUGUCACGCCUGGUCAUGCAAUGACUUUUAUGUUUAAAUGAACCAUCAGAGGUCAAACAGUAUAAACAGAACUUUCAUGUCACCUCAGAUCCAUUCAAGGUAGUAAAUCUCAAUGGAGGCGAUUCAUGCAUUUAAAUGCUAGUCAUCAAGUGUCCAGUCCUCAAGGAAAGAGAAAUAAACCGAUAUACCUUCAUGUGUGAACCAGCUCUGUGACUAUUUGAUUUUGCACCUAUCUUCUCCUUCUGGUUCCCAAACAAGAUUGUAGUCAGUUCUAUAAUGCAACUGUAUAUAUUUGCACAUGUUCAGCAGAGUUCUGCUACUUACUCAGUCUUUGAAAGUCACAAAGGAUAUAUAUUGUAAACUAGCAUUAACAUCAAAAGUUUGUACACUAAAGACAUAACCAAGUUUUCUGGCUAUUAUUAUAGGAACACAGACAGAUCAUGCUAUAUAUUUUGAGGUAUGCUACUGACACUGCCUGUUCACAUGCAGUUUUAACUAUCAUUCGGCAAGGUCACAAGUCCAAUACAAAACAAAAACCCAACUCUUUAGAUUUAAAGAAUAUCAAAUCUACAGAGAAUUUUUAAAUAAAUAAAUAAACAGCUAGAAUGGGGCUGCAACCUGGGCCCAUGUCACUGAAAUCGGUAGAACUUACUUGUAAGUAAAUAUGCAUCAGACUGGUUUGUAGGUGUUCACUCCUAAACGUACUUACUAGUGCAUAAGCUUCAUUGAAUACUCACAGGAAUAGGAUUGGUCUGCAUCAGGACUGUUAAAAUGAAUUUGAAGGAAAUUCCUGAGGCACAAGCCUCCUAAAUUAAACUUGACGUAGAAAAUUUCUUUUAGAUUCUUCUUAUUGACUAUCAAAGAUUCUGUUGGAUUUAGCUGUUUUAGAAGAAACAAGUUCUCAAGCACCAAAUCUAGCAUCCAUAUAUCAUCGUGUACAUUUCUAUAGCACUUUUUCUAAAGUGUUGCACAACUGAAACAAACAUCUGCACAUGAAGAACAAACGUUGCAGGAAGCUAAAACAUUAUGAUGGGGGGGGGGGAGAUGCCACUUUUUGUGGUCCUUAGAACUGAUAAAAUGACACCAUCCUUUGUCAAUAGAAUCCCCUGCACCAACUUUCAAUUACUGCCUAAAAAUGCAGCAUCAAAAAUUAUUAUUUAAGCCCCUGUUUUUCCCCCUGUGGGGAGAAAAACAAUGUGAAGAAGGCCUCUCUAUCUUUUUCUUUGGCAGGGAAAGUGUUAUGCACACCCCUUUUGACUCACUCUUCCUCCAGAUCUUGAAUGCAAACUUUGGGUAGUGCCAGCCCUACCAUUAGACAAAUUGAAGUGACUCCCAAAAUGGCAGACAAUGAGGGUCAUCAGUAGCAGCUGUUCUUUGGGGUCCCCGAGUCAGUGCCUUUCUGCUCAGCGGCCACAUCUGGGCCCCCUAAUCUGACGUGCUAGAGGAGGAUGCUAUCUUUUCACUGAUAUUGAAGGAAGACUCGGUUGACAUAUGGUGUGGUGUUCGUACGGAGCCCCCGGUCGUCUCACAGACUAUUGACCACUAAUCCGCUGCCACCAACUAGGUCCACCCCGGUAAAAUCACUUCAGCCUCAGUCAGGUUCUCAAUUAAUAAAGAAGAGUGCAUUUUAUUUCAGACACAAACAAACUUUUCCGGCAUUCCAAAUGUUGUUACUCUUUACUUUCUUAUUUUCCUCUCUCUAUCUCUUCUACCUCCCCUCACUCAAGAACCCACUGCCCUAACUGUCUCUCUAUUACCAACUGCCUGCCCACUGCUUCUCCAACUGCCUUUUCCAACCAGCCAACCCACUAAAACCAACCAACUACCCACCAACAGCUUCCAACAACAACUAACUCAAACCUCGCGCUAAGCCCUUUUAUACACAGGUAGGCUCCGCCUCCGGCUUUCCUAUUGGUCUAUAUUUUAAAGCCUAUCUCUCCCCGUACAGACAGGCUCUAAACAAAUGGGCAAACGCCACAUAUGGAAGUGAGAGGGGAGCACAGUCCUGUUCUUUGUCUCAGGCAGCAAAAUGUUUUGGGUCAUCCUCGCCUUGAGGGGGAAUGUAAACAGAUGUGAUGGUCUGGGAAUAUGAUUCAGAGGCUGAACCUGAGGAAUCCCAGCCUGCACAGGAGUCCCCGCCUCCAGGGCCGGCUGAGCCGGGACAGGGGCUUGAAUCUGAAGGGCCCGUACCUGUGCCGGAUCCUCAGGAGCAGACACCAGAUGAAUCCGCUCUGGCUCCGGAGGUGAUUGAGGACCCAUUGCCUGCAGGUGCUCCUCUCCCAGCCCUGUCAGGGGAAGGUGAGGUUGCCUCUGGGUCCAGUAACCCUCCAGCCUCUUCGGAGCUGCAGAGGCUCAGGGCAGAGAGGCGGAGGGAACUAAGUUCUCACAGGAGGAGUGCUCGCCUUAAGGCCAGGAGAGGCGAGUCACCUGUGGACUGGGGCAGCCCUAGGCCUCAGAGGAGAUAAAGGCCAGUCAGCCCAGUCCCAGGUUGCGGGAGCAACAUCGCUGGAAACCUGUUCCUCCCAGUACCCUGACCUGCUCUUCCAGAGUUCAUGACCACACCCGGCUCCUUGCCUUGGACCCCGCUUCACCCCUGACGGGCAGCCUCCAGACCCUCGACCCAGGACCGGACUCAGACCACGCCACACGGUAACCCCCCCCCCGGGACCAGCACAACAGACCUCAGUCUCACAUUUCCUUUAGUCCUUCAUCUCAGUCACUUAAACACACUUUGCACCCUGAAACGCAGCUGCUCUCCCCCCAACGGAACCGAACCCAUGAAGAUUGCGCUUCUAUAAGACGCCUCACAGCGGUGUGGACGAUGGCAUUUCUUUAUUAAAAGGCUGAGGAUUUUACAGUUGGUAUUUAGGUGUUUGAUCACGAGAAUGCGGGAGGCUAUUUGCUAUCUGACACUUUGAAACUAAUAGAACUGUAUCGAUGCGCUAAGGGAUUUCGACAGCAAUUAAUGAAAUAUGCUCGUUCCAAUCUAAAGGUCAGUCUCUAUCUUUAAAAAAGUAGUGAGAUUUCAAUUAGGCUAAAGGGGAAAUAAGGACGAACAGGGGAAGAGAUGGUGUAUCAAUAUUUCAACUGAUGUUACCCUUUCAAAGGUUUCCACCCUAGGGAACAUUGAUCUUUUUGCUGAAGGCCAACACUUCUUUAAAAUAUACAUUAUUGUGCCAUAAGUGGGAAGCUUAUCUUUAUACACCUGCCAUCACUUCUGGUCUGGCUCUCCUGUCUAAGAAUUCCCCAUUGAUAAUGAACAGGAAGCAGGAAGUCAUGUGACAGCCACCCUGGAGUUUGGUGUCAUCACAAUGGGCUUUAUGCAUAUACACGACGUAACAGUUAGCAGGAUCAGGGCCAUCACAGACUGCCCUUCCCCCAUCAGCAGAGGAGUUUCGGCAACUGAUACUCAGUGAAUUAAGGCAGAUCUGAAAAACGUUGUACAAUUUUGGGUCCUGCCUGCUCCGUGGGGGAAACUGGUCUUUUAACUCAUUUGAGGUGAGCGUUCCCUAUGAGAGCCAUUGUGGCAUAAAGGUUAGAGAGUUAGACUAGGAGCUGGGAGACCAGGGUUUGAAUCCCCACUCAGCCAUGAAGCUCUCUGGGUGGCCAGUCACUGCCUCUCAGCCUAACCUACCUCACAGGGUUGUUGUGAGGGUGAACCAGGGGGGAGGAGAACCAUGUAAACUACGUUGAGUUCCUUGGAAGAAAAAGGUGGUUUAUGUUGUUGUUGUUUAGUUGUUUAGUCAUGUCCGACUAAAUGUCCGAUUGUAUUGGCUUUCUCUGGAGGCCGAAGGUGAAUAAGGGUGUCUCAUAAGGAAGCCAUUUUGCUGAUUUCUUCCUGUGACUGGUAGUUGUUGUUGUUGUUUAGUCGUUUAGUCAUGUUCUAUUAUUCGUGACCCCAUGGACCAGAGCACACCAGGCACUCCUGUCUUCCACUGCCUCCCGCAGAUUGGUCAAACUCAUGCUGGUAGCAUCGAGAACACUGUCCAACCAUCUCAUCCUCUGUCGUCCCCUUCUCCUUGUGCCCUCAGUAAAAUCAUACAAAGUCAUCCAAAUACAUUGAUAAUCCAAAUACAUACAAUAUAUAAAAGACUAGAUAACCACCACUGAAUAAAUCAUGCAACUUUAGAUUUAGCUUUAAAGCUCUUGGCUAAGUACGCAGAAACAAUCUUGGUAGUUUCAGGAGUAUCAUCCCUCAACAAAUAUUGGAUUACAGACUCUUUGCAAAAUUGAUCUGUAGAAAACACAACCUGGAAAAAGAGACAAUGCAUGUACUUUUGUAAACUAAGAAAAUGUUUAAUGAAAAUUAAUUUUUAAAAAACAAACACAUUUGGCUGCUCAGAAUCUCUGAAUGAAGUAGCAGUCUGCUCACAUGUAGCUCAUCUCCAGUCUCUCAAGCUCCCUCAUUCUAUUGUAGGAUCUCAGCAGAGAAGAGGUAGAAGCUGGAGACCACACAAAGGCAUUAGACUGCCAGGAUCGAAGCCAAUAUUAUCCUCCUCUAAAUUCUUACUAACUGACAGAUAAGCUGAGGGCUUGGGCAUUCAGCUGGAAUGCUCAGACCCCUUUUAAGACUUUGAGAAGCCCAGAGGCAGAAUGCUUAUUUGAGGCACCACCUCCUCAUAAUGUUGGGUUGCCAUAUUUCAAAGAGGUAAAAAUCCAGUCCAAAAAAGUUGAGCUUUUUUAGGGCAAUCCUAAGUCUGACCCUUCUGUUUCCCUCCCCUUACGGUUUUGAUUUAAGGGCUACUUUUAAAAUGAGGCUGCAUUUUAAAUUGCAUUUUAACCUGUAUUUUAAAUUGGUGGGUUUUUUUCCUAUUAUGUUUUUAUUGUAAUUUUACAGGUGUUAGCCGCCCUGACCCAGCUCUGGCUGGGGAGGGCUGGGUAUAAUUAUUAUUAUUAUUAUUAUUAUUAUUAUUAAUCACCCAAUAGCCCCUCUGCCAUUAUUGAGUCCUAGCCUCCCACGCACUAUAUCUACACACACACACACACACACACACACACACAAACACCAAAAUCCAGGACAUUAGCUUUAAAAUGUAAAAUUCCCCCCGGGUGGGCAAGCAGGACCCCCAAAAGAGGACAUGUCCGGGAAUCCCCAGACGUAUGGCAACCCUACAUAAUGUCAAUUCUCCCUCAAAUGGGAAGAAAGCCCAAAAUAUGCAUAUAAUUAUUCUUAUUAAUUUAUAUUUGACAUCAGAAAAAGUUUAUUGAGAUUUUAGGUUUCUAAAAUACAAGGGAAAAUUAGAUUGGAUUGACUUGCAAUUUAUCCAAAAUCUUUUUCUUGGUGUAGGACCCAAAAAAUUCUGGCAGAGUCCAUUAUAAUUCAUGCACAUUGUGUAUGCUGCUGCAACAUGUAUUUAAUUGCACAUAUUUAAUUGCACAUUGCAACUGUAUUUAAUUGCACAUUGCUACAAUAUACCUGUACAUUUUCCUGAAAUGUUUGGGUGCAUGCAUGUACUUCAUUACUUGAAAUUGCAUCCCAUGUCAUUGAGAAGCCUAUGGAAGACUGGCACAAAACCAUCAGAACUGGGAAUUAGAUAGGGCUGACAUGGAAAAGUGUCUAAGGUAUUGCGCUAGAGACACAAUGAAUGUCAACCAAACCUGGAGUGAGUUAAGACGGUGGGGAAGAAACAGGUGCACAAACAUAUUACAGCAAUCCCUGUUAAGAAUGUAAUGUUGGAUAUUUUUUGGCAUCACUGCCCUUAUCAAACCACUAACAACUUCAUAUGACUUGUCAGUUAAGGUGCUCCCCUGCUCUAGAAUGAUUUUCUACAUCUUGAAAACCGAAGUGAAUACUCUGUGGAGAGGAGCAAUGUAGAAUGCUUUUUCUCCUUUACGGUUGGAAGCUAUCAGCAGAGAGGAGAGCGAGAAAGGCUCUAAUUGGUCUCCCUUCUCUCUGCCUCAUGUCUAGUUAACUCUUCCCUUUUCUAAGUCUGCCUUCAAAUUUUGGCAGUGAGGCUCAGGGCUGUUAGGAUAUUGAUGUUCCAUUCCACCCUAAAACAGAUGUGUGGAUUGUUAUAUGUCACAUGUCUGUUUACUCUCCAGCACAGCUUGCUGGGAACUUCCGUUGUGUGUACAGCUUUUGCUUAUGCUGUUUGCUUGGACACAAAGGGGAGAAGACAUGUUUUUCCCUUUGUCCUGAUGCUGAAUAAAAUGCCUGUCAAUACGCAGCCUCUCUCUGCCCUUCUGUUGCGAAGAGUUAUUUUCUCUGCUGGCUUGCGUGCUCAGCUUCUGAAGGUUUCUGAGGCUCGAGUCGCAGUUACAUGCUGAUCCAAGGACCAGAGAUCGCCCGGCUGCCGGCCGGUGGGCUGGAGCCAGCUGGGGGCCUGCCAAUUGCCCCCGUUCCCUUGGACGCAUCCCAACAAGGGCGUCGAGGGGCCAUUUUGUGGGUUGCUGUGAAUCGUGGGGUUUUCACCGCCAAAUGUCGCAGGGGGGCUUUUCCCACCAUUUGGCGCAGCUUUGGAGUGAAUCAGACGACAAUCGAUAUUCAGCAAAAUCUUGACCCUACGGGUUAGGACACUCAUUUUGUGAGGUGCUGUGAAGUGUGGAGUUUUAACCGCCAAGCAUUCCAGAGGGCCUUCUCCCUGCGUUUGGCUCUGAUCUGGUGUCAAUCGGAUGACGUCGGGUUUUCGGCACAAUGUUGACCCCACAGGUUAGUGUGCCGAGAGCUCGUUUUGUGGGUUGCUUUGAAAUGUGGGGUUUUCACCACCAAACAUUGCAAGGAGUGUUAUCCCUGCAUUUGAUGCCACUUUGGACUCAAUCGGCUGAUGUAUGAAUCAUGUGGAUGUUAUCGCCAAACGUUUCAGGGGGCCUUGUCGCACUCAUACAUGCCACAAACUCAAGUGGAAUUGCACGUCAAAUGGCCUACUGUGGCCAAGUUCAGUGAUCUGCCAUCUAAGAGCUCGUGCUGAACAAUAAGUAAGAAUGCACAGAGAGAAAUUCGGGCCAGCCUUUCCUGGAUUUCACACAAACAUUACUGAAUUGUGGCCUAGAGGUGAAGAAAUCUGGUCAGACCAUUUUUUCUGACUCGUUGGGAAUGCCAUAUCCAGGAUGCCAGGAUCGGGAAAAGGAUACCCCAAAGGCCUCCUUUUUCCUUCCGCAAAGGUCACCUUUUGCCCACCUCUGGAAAUUUGAAAAUGGUUUGGCUCUCUGCAAGCGAUGAAGCUGGUACAUGAAGCUACCCUACAGAGAAAUUCAUCAAGAGCUGUGAAAUUAUUCCAGAUGAAAAUAUAGGCUUUUCUCAAUAGCUACGCCAAAGUCGUGAAUAUUUAUGUCAUUAGGAAGAAGCAGGACGGCACUUGUGUCACAAUGGGCCGUCGGAUGCCAGCUGGUAACCAUGGAAACCAGUGGGCAACAUCAGCUUAGUCACCUUUGUGUGCAACUUGGUGUAUUCUCAGAUGGAACCUAAUGCAGAAAUCUGCUCUCCGCAGCUCCAACAGGCUGUAAGCAAAGAUGGUACCCUAAUUUGUGUGUAUGUUCUUGGGGGAAGUUCAACUCAAUGGAGAUUCCUAGAACUAGCCAUUCAUGACUGGCUGAUGAAGAAGGUACAAGGAAGCUACAAGGGAAAUCGCCACCAUAGAAGAACAUGCCAUGACUUGACAUUCCUCUCAACAGUUUAUCACCAAGUGGAACAGGAGCUGGGCUGACUGGGUCCAGAUUAUUAUGGGAGUUGGCAGUAUCUGUCACCUCCCAUAACUGCCACUAUAACCAUUUAGCAUACAAGUCUUAUUGCUGGAUAUAAAGGAGGUUUCUCCUCUCCCUGGUUUUGAUGGUGGCACUUUAACUCCCACUUUUCCAAGGCCGGUGCGUUGAAAUAUCCUCCUCCCUCUUCCUCCAGACAUAAUGGGGAUGUUUUGUGACAUGUCCACUAGGCCGAUGUGAAUCCUUCCAUCGGAAACACUCUUAGCAACCCUUCAACACCUCCUGGCAAUCUGGGACCAAAAAUAUAGGUCAGUGGAAAAGCUUUUUCCCAGGCUUUACCACUUUAGGCUCCAGGUAUGGGCUUGCAUGUUUUCCCACCAAUCCCAACCGCCCAUAAAAGUACAUGUCAGAGGAAAUGUUUCAGUUUAUGCACUCUCUGUGCUGGUCUACCUUUUCUGAGUGCAGGUGGAGAGCUCAUUGAUUCAGCUGAUUGUACAUAUAAGGGUCUCGUAGAGACACAAGAAGAAAGUACUUUCAGGCCCCAUCUGCACUGUAGAUGUAAAGCACAAUUGUACUGUUUAAACACUCAUGACUUGCCCCUAAAUUCUUGGGAACUGUAGUGUACUGAGAGUUGUUAGAAAACCUACUCCUCUGAGAACAGGUGCAAUUCUCAGAUUGGUUAAACAACGUUUUCCCAUAGUCUCCAAGUGUCCCUAUUUUCAAGGCAUAGUCGCAGAAUAAUGGAUACCACCCCAGCUUUGAGCAGAAUUUUGGCGGACAUCCUUACUUUUUAAUUUCAGGUGUCCGUUGAAAACUUUUGUAAAUGCCAUGAGGCCUAGGCAAUUGUCUAAAAGGUCACUUGAGUAGCCAGCCAUUUAAAAAAAUUUGUUUAUUUGGUUUUCGGAUCAGAGUUUUACAAUCACAUAUACAAUAUACAGCAUAAAAACAAGAUUCCAAAGAAUUUACUGGACUUCCCUCCUCCCCUUUGCGGGUCCUAUUGCUAAUCAUUUCCUCCGGCAUCUUUUUUGAUAAUCCAAUUUUUUGGCAUCUCCAUUAUGUCCAAAAUUCACCAUUAAACUGCAAUUGUAUUUAUUUUCCCCAAUUUGAACUAUAUAAUGGUGAUUUUUCUUGAGUCAAAAUGAGAGUACCCCUAAAAAAAGUACUGCAUGAAUCCAUUCUGGGACGUGCAAAAUGACUGGGGAUGGGAUGAAGACCGAAAAACUGAAAUCCAUAUAUCUCACCAUGACAGCUGUGCUUGUUAUUUAUACAAUUUGUUCAUGCAUGGGUAGCUUCUGGAAGACGAAGAAAACCCAUUGCAAUUGUAACAGUUGAUAUAAAGAGGGUUUAUUUAAAAGGGGCAUUUUUAAUUGAAACACUCAAAUGAACUAAAGCUACUGAGUCAUGCGCUGAGAUGGAUUUAACAUUCCCCGUGGUCUACCGACCAGUAAAAGAGCUAGUUAGUGCUGAAUAAUUUAUGUUUUGUCAAUGCAACAUCUAUACUCUCAUUGGUAAAACAAGUACUGCAAAUAUGGAGGAUGACAAGUCGUUUAGAAAAUGCUUGGAGCUUUGGAUAGAUGAGACGGAUAACAACAACACCGUUGCCAAGGUGGCGACAGUUGUUAAUUGACUUAGCUAAGUCAGAUCACUACUGGAAAAGUACAAAGCCAAUUUAGUGCAGGACACCUGGGACAAAGAAAAGGUAUGUCUAGCGAUCUCAGGGUGCAAUCCUUUACUUCAGCGAUGCCAUUGGAAGGGGUUUAGGGAUCAGUGGAUUUGAUUAAAUAAAAGCAGACUCAGAAAGCUGAUAUGCUGAUGGAACACCCGGGAUAUGCUGGAGAGCCAUUCCACCAGCAAAGCUACAUAAUGUCUCUUCAGUGCAGCCAAGGUCCCUCUGGACUGGACAUGUUGUUCGGACGCCUGAUUAUCAUCUUCCAAAGCAACUACUCUAUUCCGAACUUAAAAAUGGAAAGCGUAAUACUGGAGGUCAACAAAAGAAGUUUAAAGACUGUCUUGAGGCAAAUCUAAAAAAAUGUAGUAUAAACACUGACAACUGGGAAACACUGGACUGCCAGAGCUCCAGUUGGAGAACAGCCUUUACCAAAGGUGUCAUGGACUUUGAAGACGAAAGGGAGAAAUGUGCUAAGAGGAAGGCACAUUUGGCAAACCCUCACCAUGAUCAACUCCCGCCCGGAAACCUAAGUCCAAUCAUACUAAGUCCAAUCAUUGCGGACCAAUCAUACUGCUGCAUUGUUCUAAGACCAAUCAGACUGCUGCAUUCUGGACCCUAUUGUUCUAAGACCAAUCAGACUGCUGCAUUCUGGACCCUAUUGUUCUAGGACCAAUCAGACUGCUGCAUUCUGAAUCCUAUUGUUCUAGGACCAAUCAGACUGCUGCCUUUUGGAUCCCUUUCAACUCAGUACAUAACAAGUGCUGUGCAAGUUCAGCACACACACCCCAAUGCAAAAUGGAGGUCUUUUGAACCAAGGUGAUGGGGCAACAAUUCCUUGUGCUUCCUUGGCAGCAAAGAAAUGGUGUAGCUAACCAUCAAUCGACCAAAAAAAAAAAAAAAAAAGGAGAGUGCAUAGGUGAGCCACGUAUGAUGGAACUUAAAUAUAUUUAGUUUUUUGGAAGCCAAGUUUUGUUUUUAAGCCUGUACUGUAGUUGGAUAAAAAUACAGCAGACACAGCAGACAAAACUCUCAGAGCAUGACAUAGCUUGAAGAGAGAGAGAGUAAGUAAAGGAAGUUUUUUUUUUUGCUCCGGAUAGAGCACGACAAGGAACCCAUUAAGGGUGGGGGAAAGCUAACCAUAUGUUCCACUAGAAGGGAUACGUUUUGGAAAAACAAAGCACUAAAAUGAGAAUGGUCUUUAGAUCGAACAGCUUGAUUUUGCAAGCAGAAGCUGGUGACUGCUUUGUAUGAGCCAACUGAGCUUUUUUUAUUUCUUGGAGGGGGAAGGGUGGGAUAAAUAAAUACUAAAUGUAAUUGAAAACCAAGUUGCGUCAACCACCCCCACCCCUUGUGCUGCAGCAAAAUGAACGGCUGUACUAUGAGAGAAGUCUGGACUCUUAAGAUCCCUGGCAGAUAUUUCUCUGCCAAUCUGGAAUGCGCUUGUUAGGAGCCUCAGCCAGGAGUAGCCAGCAUGGUACCCUCUAGAUGUAUUGAACUACAAUUCCCAUCAUCCCCAGCGAGCGGGGCCAAUGUGUGAAUGGGAGUUGUAGUCCACAGCAUCUGGAGUGCACUGUGCUAGCUACCCCUGAUCUAGAUUAAUAGUCUUCAACUUUGUCUGACCCAAGAUUUCUAACAUCAGGUGGGACCAGCUUUGUAUCCAUAGCUCCUCCCACAUCAUCGAAGCACAGAAUGAUGAUAGUGAUGCUCAUGUGGUUGACCGUAGGCUAAGAUGGUCCUCAGCUGAAGACCAAUUGCCUUAGUCCAUGGGUAGGCAAACUAAGGCCCAGGGGCCGGAUCCAGCCCAAUUGCCUUCUAAAUCUGGCCCACAGACAGUCCGGGAAUCAGCAUGUUUUUACAUGAGUAGAAUGUGUCCUUUUAUUUAAAAUGCAUCUCUGGAUUAUUUGUGGGGCCUGUCUGGUGUUUUUACAUGUGUAUAAUGUGUGCUUUUAUUUAAAAUGCAUCUCUGGGUUAUUUGUGGAGCAUAGGAAUUUUUUCAUUCCCCCCCCCAAAAAAAAUAUAGUCCGACCCCCCACAAGGUCUGAGGGACAGUAGACUGAAAAGGUUUGCUGACCCCUGCCUUAGUCAAUAUGGGGUAUAAUGUCGAAGAAAUUGCAGCAAUUGUGUCUCACAUCAAAAUAUUUAUAGCCCGUCUUUCCAUAACAUCAGGGGUAUUCUGAUAUCACACCCCAGAAUAUUCCCCCUCUACUUUUUUUAAUAGCCAGCUUUCUUUCUACUUUUGCUGUAUAAACAUGACUUGAAACAAUUAAAAUAUAUGAACGACUAAAAAAACCUGCAGCAGAAUCCAUCUUCCUGUGCAUUUUGGCAUAAAAAUGUUUUUGGUAUGAUUUAGUGGUGAUACAAUAUUUUGAGACUGUCCAGGUCCCAUAAAUGAGCCUGGGAGCCUGGCAUGUAUUAUGCCAAGUUUGUGUCUAUCCAGGUACUUGGUACCCAUGAAUGAAGGGGCUAGUGAGAAUGAUGGGUCUACCUUCACCCUGUUGGUGCCAAUGCACAUGUUGGCAGUGCCAUCCCUGGGUUGCCGAAAUGUUACCAUGAAGAGAGUGCUAUGCACAUACAUGAGCCCCCCUGCAAACUGACAGAGAACACAUAUCAGCCAGGGAUGUGUGGCUGGCAUGCACCUUGGUAUCUAAAGGGUGAGCCUAGACUGCAUGUUCUUGCUAGGCCCUUCAGACAUUACUAAAACUACAGAGGGACGUGGAUGGUGUUGUGGCCUAAACUACUGAGCCUCUUGGGCUUGCCAAUCAGAAGGUCGGCUGUUCGAAUCCCCACAACAGAGUGAGCUCCCAUUGCUCUGUCCCAGCUCAUGCCAAUCUAGCAGUUAAAAAGCACGCCAGGGCAAGUAAAUAAAUAGGUACCGCUCCGAUGGGAAGGUAAACGGCAUUUCUGUGCACUCUGGCUUCCGUCACAGUGUUCCGUUGCGCCAGAAGCGGUUUAGUCAUGCUGGCCACAUGACCUGGAAAGCUGUCUGUGGACAAAUGCCAGCUCCCUUGGCCUGAAAGCGAGAUGAGUGCCGCAACUCCAUAGUCACCUUUGACUGAACUUAACCGUCCAGGGGUCCUUUACUUUUUUACCUAUAAUGACGUUGAAUUGAAACAACACACAAUUCAUUUCUAUACUUUCUUAAGCUGCUGUAAAAUUAGGAUUUCCAAAUGAGUUCAAGAAUCUUUGCUCCUAAGCCCAUCACACAUUAAAUAGAAACAAAUCAAACCUGUUAACAAAAUUCUACCGUAUGGAACACUCCUGUUCAGGGUUCUAGCCAGCUGUGCCAUCUUCCAGAAUACUCCAUUCUAUUUCUCCUCCUAGUUUUGCAUUUUCCCUUUAAACAGCCAGUCAGCAUUCUGUGGCCACUGGGCAUGAACCGCUAAAUUCCAUUAGUGGGGGUACCUAAGCAAAGCUAACCGUAUGCACUUUCACUGGGAAAAGCUGGUGGUCCUAACAGGAGAAGACAUUGCAGCAUUAUUUAUUUGCAACAUUAAAAUUCAAGUGGCAUAGCCUGCAAAAUAAUUGCUCACAUCACUGUUCAGCAUUGUAUUAAAUCUUGAAAAAAAGUGCAGCUUGAUAUAAUUUAAUAUUAUUCCAUUUUUCUCAUAUUAGAGCUAGAAGAUGCUCUUGUGUGUGGACUUGGCAGAAACACUUGCUUUCAGCAGUAAAGAAUGCAGUUUUAAAGUACUGGUUAGAGGAUCCAGUCUUCUUCCUCCUUGGCCUCCAUAUCAUGGCUUUACAAUGAACUAUGCUGUGUACACAGGCUGAAUGCCUGCUUGGUAUUCCUCAAGGUAAGGGCCACUGUAGCAUCAAAUUGGCAUGCAGUCUCUGUUGCAGAUAUUAAUAUUGUGCAGUCUGAAGCGACUGGAAGCAUAAGAACUGACUGCUUUUGGAAGGAAACAUUGUCCGUGCCCAUAAAAAUAUUAUUCACACUUUUACUGGCAGAACUCUUCAGAAACAGAACAUAAGCAUCAAAGAUACAAGUAUCAAACAUACACUCCAUACAAUGUCUUGUGCUGUCCAGCACAGGCUCAGGAUCUUAGAAAAUACAAAAUAGUUCAAAUAGACCUAGAAGCAGCGGUCUGUCUCUCCCCAUAACCUGCUUUCCAGCCUCUGUUGGCCUUAGGCUGUUUAUUCGCCCUUCAAGAGAGCUUCAUUUACAUCCUCACUUAUGGAGUUUGGGAGACAAAGACUCAAAGGCAACUUCUUUUCAAAAUGGAGAUUUGUAACUCAAUACUUUCAUCACAUGAUCAAAGGUUCACUCUUUUUUAAAAAAAUUAUUUAGUUUUUCAGAUUUUACAAUUUAUGAAUUUACAAACAAUUAUCCAACAACCAACAUAAAACUUCCCUCACCCCCUUUGUGGGUCCUUAUAUUAACCAUUUCCUCCUUUUGAAUGCUUUUGAAUCAUGGUGCUGGAGGAGACUCUUGAGAGUCCCAUGGACUGCAAGAAGAUCACACCUAUUCAUUCUGAAGGAAAUCAGCCCUGAGUGCUCACUGGAAGGACAGAUCCUGAAGCUGAGGUUCCAAUACUUUGUCCACCUCAUGAGAAGAGAAGACUCCCAGAAAAAGACCCUGACGUUGGGAAAGAUUGCGGGCACAAGGAGAAGGGGAUGACAGAGGACAAGAUGAUUGGACAGUGUUCUCGAAGCUACCAACAUGAGUUUGACCAAACUGCGGGAGGCAGUGGAAGACAGGAGUGCCUGGCGUGCUCUGGUCCAUGGGGUCACGAAGAGUCGGACACAACUAAACAACUACAACAAGGUAAAUUAUAUAUUUUCCCCAUUCCUUAUUAAAAUUUUGGUCUUCCUGGUUUCUGAUUCUUCUGGUCAUUUUUUCCAAUUCGGCACAGUCCAUUAACUUAAUCUGCUACUCUUCUUUGGUUGGGUCUCCGCCUUCUUUCCAUCUCUGGGCUAAUAACAUCUGAGCAGCCGUGGUCGCAUACAUAAAUAGUCUUUUCUGAUCCAUUGGAAUUUCAGCACCCAGAACUCCUGAAAGAAAAGCUUUGGGUGUGUGUGUUUUUUUAAAAAAGGUUAUUUGAAACUUUUUUUUUUCAGUUCAUAUUAUAUCAUCUUCCAGAAUCCUUUUACUCUCAGCACAGAGUAGAAAACAAUCAACAGUUACUCAUUAAGGCAUUAAGAAGCUCAGAGGCCUUUUGAAAACAACAUUGGAAAAACCCCAAUGUUCCCAAUUAUAUAUGAUGAAUUGAAAAGGAUGGUCAAAGUAACUUUGGAUAAAAAAACCAGAAGCUUUUCUUUUGGGAAUUAUAGGAACAGAACUACCUAAAUUGUAUAGAAAUUUAUUUAUGUGUGUUACUACCGCAGCAAGAAUGCUACUCGUCCAAAAAUGGAAAGAAGAGUAAGUCCCAGCAAAGGAAAAAUGGAUACAAAAACUUAUGGAAUAUGCAGAGAUGGCGAAACUUAAGAUAUCAAGAUAACAAACAUUUUAUAAAAGAAUGGAAAUUGUUUAUUGAAUAUUUACAGGUAAAUUGCAAACAGAUAAAAACAAUGGCAGGAUUAUUGUAAUAACCUGCAGUUUCCUAAGAGUAUAUAUUUAAAGUAGAUAAUUAAAUGAGCAAAUUAAACGAAUUUGGAUAUGCAAAAGAUAUCAAAAAAUAAAUUUAAGGAACCGCAGAAAGAGGGGGAAGGAAGUCAAACUUUGAAAUGUUAAAAUGAUUGUAAAACUAAUGAAACGUAUAAACCUGAAAAGUAUAAUAAAAACUUUAAAAGGGUGGAAACCAAAUGUUGGCAACACACAUUCAGCCAUUUUCCAUUUUAAACCUUCAUUAAUACACAUACAUUUUCAUUUCAGUGUUGAUUAAACCAGUUCUACCUAACAGUCUCUCCUCUCACAGGGAGAGUUAAAGCAUGCUGCCUGGUGACCAUGUGAUAUUGAUCUCACCUUUGUCUUUCUCUUAAAGUUGA